AUGGCGCUGGUCAAUUACUCAGAUAGCGAAAGCGAAUCAGAAUCUCCAGCAACAGCACCCGCGACAGCACCGAAAACCACCUCCACGUCGAAGUCCGCGUUUCACAAAGCGGCACCGGGAAAGAUUCAAGUCGACCUCCCAAGUUUCAAGCCUGAGCCUGGUCAAGCAGAGAAUGGCGGCGCAGAUGGACCGCCCACAAAGAGAGCGCGAACUAGUGGCGCGUUCAGUGGGUUCAAUAGUCUGCUGCCUGCACCAAAACGAGCAGCGCAGAAGGCGCCAAAAACCGGUGUCAGUCUGAAGACGAGUAGCGAGGCAGCUUUCAGCCGUGAGCGACCGGCGGUGCCAGAGUAUAACAAUGAGCCCAGCGUCGCUUCAACUGGACCAGCACUGCAAGAUGAGCAGAAAGAUACAGCUCGGGAAGAGCCCAAGCUUGUCGGCAAAGCAACGAGAUUUCUUCCACUGAGCGUGGCAAACAAGAAGAAAAAGAAGCCAAUCAGCAAACCUACACCCGUCGCGGAGCUUUCAAAAAGUACGGAUAGUGGACAGCAUUCGAACAUGGCGAAAGCCGUCACCGAGAAGGUCGCGCGAGAGGCGGAAGCAAUGCCCAAACCGAAACGAUCGCUCUUUUCGAUGCAACAAGAGGAGGAUCCGGUUCCAAUACAAGCGAGUGGAGGCCAAUAUGAGCCACUGCUUGCGCAAAAGGGUCCCGCUUAUCUCCCUGAGGAGGUAGAGCAGCCGGCAACUCAGCAUCACACGCUCCAGCAGGGCAAUGCCAAUUCGCUCGAAGCAACAGCAGAUGAUCUCAAUCUCACACCUGCUCAAAGACGCCAGCUAUUCGGCAGGAAAGGCGGCAAAGAUGCGCAAGUCACGCACUUCAACAUGGAGGCAGAAUACACAUCCAACGAGCAAAUGCGGCAGAAUGGUGAGGUGGUCGAGCAUCGGAACGUCAAGGCCAUUGCCCCAGGAAAGCACAGUUUGCAGCAACUUGUCAACAAUGCUAGGACACAAGGAGAUGCCUUGGAGGACAAAUGGGCAGAAGGCAGAAAGAAUAAGGGAAGUAUGCGCUAG